AUGGGAGAGUUAGUGAGUUUCGAGAAUAGCCGUUUGAUAGAGUCCAUUCGACGAGAUGGAAUACAAACAACAUUGGAGCUAAUAGAUACUUUAGAUAGUAGUGAAUUAUCGAAAAGAUGCCCAGUAACAAAUGCCAAUGCAAUAUUUUAUGCAGUUCAAAGGACAAAUGAUGAUGAAGCACUCCAAGUUUGUAAGAGGAUUUUGAAAAAAUGCCCAGAAUUGGAUGUUGCAUCUACAGACUUUAGCCUGCAAACUGCAUUAUUUUUUGCUUGUAGAGAUGGUAAUGUAAAGACAGCUGAAUUUUUAAUAGAUAAUGGGUGUAAUGUCAACCAUACCGAUAGAGUAAACCAGACAGCUUUAUUUUAUGCAGCACGAGAUGGAAGAUUCGAAACUGUCCAACUACUCUUGGAUAAAGGUGCAGAGCCGAAUCUUUCAGAUAAUGUUGGCCAAACAGCUUUAUUUUAUGCAGCAAGAGACGGAAGAUCUCAAACAUGUAUGCUGUUAUUGGAUAAUGGGGCUGAUGCAGGAAUUAAGGACAAGAACCGACAAGCAGCUCAUUCUUAUGCCUUGAAAAGUGGGCAUAAACAAUUAGCGAACAUAUUAAAGAGUAGGAUGGUUAGUUCAAGUGGAGUAGGAAUGGGGGCUAGUGCAGUUGAAGGCUCGAGCAGCUUGGAAAAAGAUGCCAGUUUUGACAGGGCAUCUCUGUGCAAUUCUAUUGUAAAUGAAGGAGGAAUUAAAGAUUCUGAGAUAAGACAGUGCUACAGAUUACAGUUUAAAGGAAACGACGGAAAGUGGUAUUUUGCUCCAAAAAUAAAGAUUGAGGAGUUUGAGAAGAAAUUCCCAAACAUUGCAGUUUGGUCAAAAGAAUCACCAAUAGCAAGUUUAAAACCAAAUUCAGACCCUUUUAGAGCAUCUUGGUAUAAAACUAUCAGUGAAUGUGUAGAAGAGCUUAGGAAACAAGAAGGUGCUUGGAUUUUUGACAAACCUGUAGAUGAGAAAGCCUGGAACUGUUCUGAUUAUUAUAAAAUAGUUACAAAGCCAAUGGAUUUUAGCCUAAUACGUAAGAAGCUUAGAAAUGGCGAGUACGAGCUUUGUAGUGAAACUAUAGCAGACAUACAACAGAUAUUUUCUAACUGUUAUCUUUACAAUAAACCAGAUUCAAGCGUUUCAAUUCUUUGUAAGGCGAUUGAACAACAUUUCAAUAGUUUGAAAUCCAGUAAAGAUAUUGAUUCAAUUCUUAAAAAAGAAGCUGAGUUAUUUAAUUUAAAGAGUGAAGUCCAUAUUAAGGAUAAUAUCAAAAUGGAAUGA